CUCUCUCUCAUCCAUUUCUUCCUUUCUUCUCUUACUAUAUAUUACCUACUUUCCUUUUCUUUCCUUUUGGUCCUCUCUCUCUCUCUCUCAUCAUUUCUCCCCGUUCAUUUCUCGUCGAAUCGCGGAAUUCAAUCUCUAACGCCUCCUUCAACAACUCCAGACCCACUUCCGAUUCGUCUUUCCUUUUCUCGCUCUGGUGCUGGAGAGAUGGCUUCCAAGCGGAUCUUGAAGGAACUCAAGGAUCUGCAAAAGGAUCCCCCAACUUCAUGCAGUGCAGGUCCUGUAGCUGAAGACAUGUUUCAUUGGCAAGCAACUAUUAUGGGUCCAAGUGAUAGCCCUUAUGCAGGAGGAGUUUUUCUCGUUUCCAUUCAUUUCCCACCUGAUUAUCCAUUCAAACCCCCCAAGGUUGCAUUUAGAACCAAGGUUUUCCAUCCAAACAUUAACAGCAAUGGAAGUAUUUGUCUUGAUAUCUUGAAAGAACAAUGGAGUCCUGCUUUAACCAUAUCUAAGGUUUUGUUGUCAAUCUGUUCUUUAUUGACUGAUCCAAACCCGGAUGAUCCUCUUGUACCCGAGAUUGCUCAUAUGUACAAGACCGAUAGAGGCAAGUACGAGGCAACAGCGCGAAGCUGGACUCAGAAAUAUGCAAUGGGAUGAAAAAAAUUUGAAUUUAGUUGUUUAAAAAACAACUCAAAUGAUCUACUACUAUAAGUAAGUAAGAACAUCUUCUUAAUUCCUGUCUUUAAUGUUGUCAUUGAUUCAUAAUAGAUGAUAAAGAACUACUACUUAAUGUUGUUGGGUUGUUUCUGUUAUGAGAUAUCAAAUUGAUUGCUUUGUUAAAAAGAUAUUUGUUAUUGUUGUCUUUCUCUUUGUCUUUAUGGUUUGUGAAUAUUGAUUGAUUCAUUUACUAGU